AUGGCGAUAGAAACAUUAACUUGGAACAUCAAGCAUUUGAAGUCACCCCACAGCAUGAUAUCACAUAAUGAUGUCAUAAAAGCGUCAAGCAUAAAUUAUGUAUUUGUUCAAUGCAUUCAACCAUUCAAUGACGAUAAAUUGAAUUUCCCUAAAAUGUUGUCCAAUUUACAAAUCAUUGACAUCAAAUUUGCAGUGAUGAGUGUUGAAAAUUCUUGCAUUCAACAUGAAUUGUGUUUCGCACAUCUUGCAGCUUUAAAGUGGAACGCUUGA